CCGAAAUAGAAGAGGCAAGGAGCCUAUAUAAGUGGGGUGCCCACCCGGGGUUUCACCUUCCUGUGUGAGCACCUUCAAAAACCCACCAGCCUUUCCUAGCGCGCCUGGCACAAACGUUAGACAGUUGCAAGGAUGGCGAUGACUGACGUGCUCAGCGCUGACGAUAUCAAGAAGGCGGUGGCAGCCUUUGCAGCUGCCGAUUCUUUUAACUACAAGAAGUUCAUUCAGCUGGUGGGAUUGAAAGCUAAGAGCAAAGAAGAUGUGAAGAAAUGUUUCCACAUUCUGGACAAAGAUAAAAGCGGUUACAUUGAGGAGGAUGAACUAAAGUUUGUAUUGAAGGGCUUUACCCCUGACGCCAGGGACCUGACUGAUAAAGAAACCAAGGAAUUCUUGGCCGCUGGAGAUAAGGAUGGAGAUGGCAAAAUUGGUGUUGAUGAAUUCUCAACCUUGGUGGCUGAAGCAUAAAGGCAUUGACCAAUCUCAACCCUUCAUGCACCCUUCAUUGCCUGAUUCCAACUGUUUUUUGCUGACCUCCUUGGUUCCUCUUCUAUUUAUUUAUGUUAUUUUAUACUCCAACUCUGUUCCUUGCAGCCCUGCAACUCUGUAAAUUGUGCUGAAAGAUGCUGUUAAAAUAAUAAAGGUCACAUCAAUCUGGGCUCCA